AUGGAGAUGGUGCACGCUGUGACUUCUGAUCGCCCCAAAGAAGCACACAAGUCUGGGCAAAUCUCUUCAGCGGUCUCUGCGUCUCAUGUACCGGUCCACCUUGCUGCCAUCCCGCCUCUUAUAGCGGAUCAACCCUAUCAAUUUGAGGCCGUAUUGAAAGAAUACAGAGGCACUCUUUCCGAGGUAGAGGCAAGGCGCAAAGAAGCUCAGGCAACGCUGGCAAUGCUGUCUUCCCCCGGUCCCGAUAGUCUGUUGGUCCACCAGGAGCCUCAUACGCCCCCAUCCGCUCAGCAUCACGAGCAUGAGACGCCUCGAGCGCCUCUUGCCGCCAUCCAACGGGAGUUUGCGGCCUUACGACUGGAAGAAAAGAACCUUCUGAAGCACACCCCUUGA